AUGCCUUCGAAAAAGCCGCUGCCAGUGAAGUUCUUGAUACAUGUAGACCGACGUUGCAUGCAAAAGAAAAGGCUGAUGCUUCCAUUUUUUACAAGGAGUUUUCGCAAGGAAUUUAGAAGCUGUAAAUUUGCUACACUUGGUUUUCCAAAUGGGUUUUCAGUGAGAGUUGGAUUAUCAAAUAUGAAGAAUCGAAAGGCUCGCAUUGACAUUGCUAAACUGGUGGAACUUGGUUAUAUACAUAAAGGGUUCAUUAUGGGAUUCACAUACAAAGGUGUCUCAUUUUUUAAAGUUGCCGUAUUUGAUCCUUCUCAAGCUUUUCUUCAAAUUGAAUACCCAUGCAAUGUUACCAAAUUUAGUAAGCAACAUUUCAGCCAUAAACAGACUCGGUUCUGUAACAAUGAGGAGACUGAUGAUGAUCAAGAAACUACAUCUGAUGAUGAUGAUGAUGAUCAAGAAACUUCAGACGGUGAUGAUGAUGAUGAAGAUAGAAAAGGUUUCUUAAAGAAGAAAAAUAAGUUUAAGUCUUCGGUGGGUCAAAGAACUAACAAAGAUGGCAAAAGAGUUGCUACUCGUGAUGAUUAUCGAUCACCAAAUAUCAUGAAGAGCAACCGCAAAAAGGCUACUACGAAAAAUGGUUCAAAUGACGAUGACCAAGAAUUUACAAGUGAUGAUGAUGAUGAUCAAGAACCUAUAGGUGGUGAUGAAGAUAGGAAGAAAUCUUCGAAAAGGAAAAAUAAGUUUAGAUCUUACAUGAAUCAAAGAACUAAGAAACAUGGCAAAAGAGUUGCUGCUGGUGAUGAUUAUGUGAAGUGCAAGCGAAAAAAGUCUAUAGGUAUGGAAAAAAAGUGCAAGAUUGAAAAAGAGGAAACAGAUUCAGAUGAAAAUGAAUCUUCAGCAUGUGAAAAAGAAGCAGAACUCAUAGUCUCGAAAAAUUUCGAGAGCAUCUACUUAAAUUUGUCUCCGGAAAGCAAGAGGGCAGUAGACGCAGCGAAAAGAUACAAGCGAACAAGUCCUGCUUUCAUGACCGUCAUCAGAACGCUACAGAAUAAGUGUAGCUUGUACAUACCUGCUGAAUUUUACAACAAGUAUAUGUACAAGAUUUCUAGAGACAACGUGAGGAUUCAAACAUCUGAUGGAAAAGGAGGUCGAAAGGAGUGGUUAGUUAGAAUAUGCCGGAGAGAGCAGGGGAUAAUUUUCACCCAAGGGUUGGGUCGCUUUUCGAAAGACAAUGGUCUGUCCGUGGGCGAUGCGUGUGUUUUUGAGCUGAUUGAUUCCAAGAAUUUUGUGUUUAAAGCUUCAAUAUUUGAUGCAUGAGUCUAUGAAUCAGAUUACAAAGUUGUACUGGAAGCA